CUUAGUCGGGCUUGAAGACUUCCACAACCAGAAGAAGAAGAGACUUCUGCGCCCAUCACUAUAACCACUACACAUAUAUGAUGACUUGGGAAGAGUCUUCCCUUCUCCUUCCCUUCCCCUUCCUCCUCAUUAAUGUUAUGAUAUCAAAGCUGCUAGGUAGCUAGUUUCUCCCAAACCCCGGUCCUCUAUAAAGCAAAUAACAGAAACAACAAAGCACUCCAAAGAAAGCAUGCGACUUUCAGUUUCCACCCAGUUCGUAGAAGAAGAAGGCCAAAUUCAAUUCCAGCUACGUACCUACGCACCUGCUGGGGCACUUCUACUCAGCCAAGAUCCCUUCAGCCUCUUCCAAAGGUUGAAACAUAUUGAAUAAGGGCCAUAAGUAAGUAGUUCUGCUACCUGCUCUUUCAGGUGACCUCUCAAUUUCAAUUCCAUCGUAUCCUUCUUUCUUUUCUUCUUCACCCUUUUGCCUUUUCUUUUGCCUUUUUCUUUUAACCUCUCGCUACUUCUUAUCCCCUAACUAAACUCUGCUCUUCAAUUUCCCUCCACCCCCACCCCACCCUCUUCAUCAUGAUAGUAUAAUGCACGCCAUUGAUUAGGAAACGGAGGAGCUGCUGCAAGACGAGGUGUCUCUGCUCUACAAAAACCCAACAUUCAUUCUGAAAUCAAUGGAUUUCAACAUCGGAAUUGGCGAUGUUAGAAUGGUAAUUUGCCAAGAACUUUGGAACAAAUUAGGCUUUCAGGCAACGCAACUUGUGGCCGAAACAAGAGACGUGCUCAUCGAAAAACAAAGCUUCCACGAAUUCUCCAGCACCAUUUCUGAACUGAACAUCCUCCUCCGGUCUUUGAGUGUCAACAGCCUCGAAGCCUCCUUGGGUUGGGAACCCACCAAAUGUGCACUGGAGACUCUGGAGUCUCAGCUGAGGAAAGCCAGCAAUAUCAUCAGAGAUUACAGAUCCAAAAGCCGACUCAGCCUCUUACUCCAAUCCCACAAGCUGCUCUCAGCAAUGCAGGAUUUGGCAAAGGAGAUUGCUCACACAGUUUCCUCGUUCAAGCUCGCGAAUCUCGAUAUGGCCAUUAGCCUAAAGUCCAAGACCGACCAAAUCAUUAACAAUCUCAGAUCAAUGGAGUUUCGGUCAGUGGUUGCAACGGAAAACAUCUCUUCAGAUAUUGAAAAUUUGAUGUCCCAUAAUUGUAGGGACCAAGAAAAUGCCGUCCUGCUCUUGGAGAAAAUAGCAGCAGCUGUCGGCGUGAGUGCAAAUGCAUCCCUGGUGCAAAAUGAGCUGCAGCUUCUGAAGCAGGAGAAGGAAGAGAUGGAAGCCCAAAAGAAGCAAGCAGAGGCACUUCAAUUAUCUCAACUGAUACAGUUGUUGAACAGUACUGAAAUUGUAGCCAGUCCACAAGAUGAGGACGUCGUCUCUUCUUACCACGAGCAAUACCCAAUUGAAUCAAUCAUAUGCCAAUUGUGCAAUGAGAUGAUGACAGACCCAGUUGCCAUCAUUUGCGGCCACAGCUUCGAGAGAAAGGCAAUUCAGGAAUACUUUGAGAGAGGAGCAAUAACGUGCCCCACCUGCAGACAGGAGCUCCCUUCUCAGGAGCUAACUCCAAAUAUCUCUCUUCGCGACUCUAUUGAAAAAUGGAAGCAGAGGGAUAUGGACUUUAGGUUCCAAACAGCAACCUCUGGAAUCACCUCUGGAGACCAUUCUAGACAGAACAAGGCCUUGGAGGAGAUGCAAGUUUUGAUGGAAAGACCCUGUUACGCAGCAGAAGUUGUGGCAAAAGGACUCGUGCCAAAGAUGGUGGAAUUCCUAAAGGACAACAGGCUGAACACAAUAGCAGCACUAAAAUGUCUCUGCUGCCUGGCUAAAAACUGUGAUAAACACAAGGAAGCAAUUGUUGAAGCAGGAGGUAUACGCUGCCUUGUGAAGCAAAUCUACAGAGGAGAAGCUGAAUCAUAUGCCAUCACAGUUUUGUUGGAGCUGUCAGAAACAGAAACCCUUGGCGACAAAAUAGGAAAUAAUAAAGACUGUAUUCCUGUUUUGGUGUCUUUGCUCUCCAACAAUAACCAGGAUGUCUCACAAAAAGCCCAUAUGGUGUUGCAGAACCUCUCAUCCAACAUCCACUUUGCUGUCAAGAUGGCAGAAGUCGGACACUUCAAACCAUUUGUGGCUCGCUUCAACCAAGGACACCAAGAGACGAGAGCAUCAAUGGCUGCAGCCUUAAUAAAGAUUCAACUCAAGGAGAACAGCAUUAAGGAUUUGAAAGAUGAGCAAUUCAUACACAACCUAGUCCACAUGCUCCCUGCAAGCUCCCCAGCCUGCAAAUCAGCUUCCCUUCAUUCCAUCAAGAAGCUCAUAGCAUACCCCGAGAUGGUAAAGCAAUUUCUGGUAGAACCUGCCACCAUACCACAUUUGCUUGGUCUUAUCUCCUUGGGCAGGUCUGAUUCCCACUGGAAACAAGAAGCCGCGGAGAUCCUCGUCUUACUUAUUGGACCCAGUCAAAUCUCCGAGCUUGAUAUGUAUCCAGGUUUACAGGAGCUGCAAUCGCAGCACAAUGUCUAUAUCUUUUUGAAGCUUGUGGCCAGUUCUGAUCCACAAACCAAAGUGAAGUUGUUGCACCUGCUUGUCGUGCUCAGCCAUAAAUCUGAGACGGUUCAAAACCUUGUUCGAACUGAUAAGGAUGCUGUUGCCCAUCUCUUCUCAACCCUUGAUGGUGAUCAGCCUUUGGUAAGACAAUGGGGGAUGAGACUCAUAAACUGCAUCUCCGAAGGUCGUUCUGCGGGGGUCCCACUUCCAUCAUCCCCUUUAAAAGAAAGCGCCAUAAACACCCUUGCAGCCAUCCUCACCCAUUCAACAGAUAUAGAAGAAAGGUCUGCAGCUGCUGGAAUCAUUGGACAGCUUCCCAUGGAUGACAACGUCAUCGAUGAGAUACUCAGUAAAUCAGAAGUAUUAAAAGCCAUUCAUGAGGUACUCUGCAGUACAGAUGAGGAAUACAAGGCUUUUAGACCACCCGCUAACCUGGCCGCGUCUCUGCUAGAGAAUGCUCUAGGAGCACUCUUACGCUUCACAGAACCCACCAAGCCUGAACUUCAGCGGCUAGUCAGCAAGCUUGAAAUGCACCCAUUAUUAGUUCCCGUCCUCUCCAAGGGCAGCUCACUAGCCAAGCAGCGGACAGCUAUUGCCCUAGCCCAUUUAUCCCAAUCAACUAACCUGUCAAUUUCUGAUUCAACCAACGUGGCAACCCAAGCUAACAACUCCAUGCCAGCGCUCCAUAGACUGAAGCCCUUCCUCAACAUGACCUGGUGUUGUCCAACAUCAUCAGAGCACCAGAGUCCGUGCUCUGUCCAUGGCACUGCUUGUUUGUCAAAGCAUACAUUUUGCCUUGUAAAGGCAGAUGCAAUAACGCCGCUAGUUCAAACAUUGAGUGAAACAGAGUCUGGUGCGGCAGAGGCAGCCUUGAUGGCCCUUGAAACUUUGCUAAUAGACCGCAGAACACUUCCCCAUGCAGCUUCCACCAUUGUGGACAAUCAAGGAGUUGUGGCCAUUCUACGAUUACUGGAGAAGGGGUCCUUCUCUGCCAGAAGCAAAGCCCUAGAUCUCUUCGUGGAGAUCCUAAGGUAUACACAGAUCACCGGUACAUUGUUCCACAAGUCUGAGAGAAUCCUCGUCCAGCUUCUCCAAGAUGACGCACUCAAGAAGAAGGUGGCUUUGGUGCUUAGGCAGAUGAACGUCAUCCCAGAACAAUCUUCUUACUUCUGAGUCAAUUUCACCUUGUGAACCUGCAGGAAGCUAGAGUGGACAGAAUUUCUCCAAACCAACACCGGCCUGCUUGUCCAAUUACCAUGCCUAACUUUUAGAGGGCAGUGCUUUUUUAUCUCUGUGCAUUUGUACAACGACAAAUAUGAAAAAGAAACUUCAGAAAAUUUUCAGGUUCUUUCUUCAAAUGAAUAACUGAACACAAUGUGAAGGUAGAAGGAAUGAAACAGAUAUUUUACUCGAAGCAGUACAUUCUGGUUGAAUAAUGUAAAUAUAUAGUUUGAGGUUCAGAUAGAAUGGAUGUAAAUUUAUUAUUUUGAGUCAUUAACUAACGCAUAUAUUGACCUUGUUUU